AUUUUCAAUAUUAUUAAUAUAAUAUUUAUUAUAAGAUGUUUUCAGUUUCAGGACUUGUUCACAGUAUGAGCUACGAUACACAUAGAAACACAUUGUACUACGCUCGCUGGUCUUCAACGAAGAAAAACAGUGUAGAUGCAUUACUUCAUGUAGGAACUAAAAAUCAACAAAAGGUUACGCUUCUGACAUUAAAUUUGGCUUUGGCAGUGGAGUAUGAGCCUUGGUUUCAAUAUCUGUUUAUUGCAGCUGGCUCACAAAUCCUUAGAUAUGACACAAGAAGUAAAACCACCCAUACUAUUGUGACAUCCAGAAAGCUUGCUUUUGUUGUCACAGUAGAUCCAAUUACAGAGAAGGUGUUUUGGAUAGAUCAACCCAGUGCUAAAGAUAAAAAGGAACAUUCUUUGCUAUAUGCUGCGAUUGGUUAUCAGACGGCAACUGCGGCUCCGGGCAAAACGCUAUGGAUCAACUGUUACACCAGUGAACACGAUAUAGUUUUCUCGAAAACUCAAACAUCUAAUACAUCUUUUGUGAAAUUAUGA